GAUAUGACAGGCUGCGCUCCAACCGUGUAAACAAACAGUGAGAUUGGGUGGGAUCUGUCGUAUAAUGGGUGGUCCACGUGUUCUACAUCAAAACACCUGUAAUUUGGGACACGUUUCUCAACUCUAUUCACCAGGCAGCCUAGGUAAGCCUACCUGCAUUUCAUGAGGCGAUUUGGCUGAGAAAGAAUGAGUUUGACAAGACCAUUACUUGGGGAGGAGUUGAACUUAAAAGCAAUACCACUGGACAGCCUAAGAGAAGAAUAUCUCCAUACUGGAGUGCAGGAAGAGAACAGAGACGGACUACUGCAGCCACUCGGUCCUACAAGAACACCAUUUCACUGCCACCAGGACACAACAACAUGGGCCGAGGACAGAGAGAAACAGCUGGCCAAGAGGAAACUCAUUGUCACCUCAGUUGUCUGUCUGGUGUUCAUGAUUGGAGAAGUCAUUGGUGGAUAUGCAGCCCACAGCCUGGCCAUCAUGACGGACGCGGCCCACCUCCUCACAGACUUCACCAGCAUCCUGGUCAGCCUCUUCUCCCUCUGCAUCUCCUCCAGACCCCCCUCCAAAGCCAUGACCUUUGGCUGGCAUCGCUCAGAGAUCCUGGGUGCCCUGCUGUCAGCUCUCUCCAUCUGGGCCGUGACAGCAGUCUUGGUGUUCAUCGCUAUCCAGAGGAUCCUCAACGAUGACUAUGAGAUCCACACAGGCAUCAUGAUCAUCACCUCUGGUUGUGCAGUUGGAGUCAACAUACUCAUGGCCCUGAUCCUCCACCAGUCUGGAAGCUCCCACGGCCACAGUCACAGCGGCCUGUCACACGGCCACAGUCACGGCAGCUGCUCCUCGCAGGCCACCGGUAACCAUGGCAAUGCCAGUGUCCGGGCAGCGUUCAUCCAUGUGCUGGGGGACCUGCUCCAGAGCCUGGGAGUCUUCCUGGCCGCUCUCAUCAUUAACUGUUGGCCUGAAUACAAAAUAGCUGAUCCCAUUUGCACAUUCCUGUUUUCUGUGUUUGUGCUCGCAACGACCAUCACCAUAUUACGGGACAUCGUCAGCAUACUCAUGGAAGGUGCACCAAAAGGCUAUGACUUUGACUCGGUGAAAGACGCCCUCCUUACCGUGAGCAGUGUCCAAGCAGUGCACGACCUUCACAUCUGGGCUCUUACACCAAGCCACCGACUUCUGUCAGUUCACCUGGCUAUUGAGGAUGUAGCCAAUGCCCAGCAGGUCCUGAUGGAGUCUACGGAGAUGCUCCAGUCUAAACAUGGCUUCCGCCGCGUCACCAUCCAGAUCGAGCUCCACAGCACGGCCAUGGCCUUCUGUUCCCAAUGCCUGGAGCCCAUGGACUGAUCCUGCCCCUGGCCCCAUCCCAUCACCACAGGCUUGGGCCAUAUUCCAGAAAGCAUAUUUAGUCAGUGACUUAGCCUUACCUGGGCAUGUUAACUCAGGACUGUACUGUAAGUGGUAAAUCUCCUAAAGGGAGAGACUUGACUUGGGAUUUAGGGCUCAAUCUGAGUUACGCAACUCAAAUGAGUUAGUCACUGAACCGACUUUUUUUUUUUAACGCGCCCUUUGGAAGGGAGCAUCUUGUUUUGAGCAAGAAAUACCUCAACUUGUGUCUCAAUAUUUAUUUCUUCAAGUGUUGUUUUCACGAUGGCUGACGUCACAGUCGUCUGCAGCUCUGUACAGGGCUUGCAUCAUAUCUGGUCUUUAAGGUUUAAUCCUUCGAGUAUGUUUCAAUGACU